AUGGCUCUUAUUCAUCCAAGUUCAUUGGAUAUUUCUCUCAACGACACACUAAUCACCGCUAGUGAGAACACCUAUCCGUAUCGCGCCUAUCUGGAGGCUACGUUAAAUUACGGGGAAGAUGCCAAGAAUGGGUCUCUAUCAGCUGCUCUAUAUGCAAUGGACACACCGUGUUAUUUCGAGGAGUUCAAAGAUGACAAUAAUGAUGGGUAUAGGAUUCGCCGCACCACCGCUGCUGAAAGUCAUGAGAUCGAUAUGAUGGGACGUAUCCACUCUGACAUUUUCACCCAAGAUCGCUAUAUGCUGAAUGGGGUUGACAUUAAAAUUAAACUUACACCCGCAAAAGACAGUUUCACUCUCUUGACAGCAGACCAAAACAAGGGGUAUAAAGCGAUGAUAACGCACGCAACAUUGGUAGUUAGAAAGGCCAGACUUAACCCGGCGAUUUCUAUCGCGCAUGAAAAGGCUUUAACGAGAAUGAAUGCAAAAUACCCUUUUAAACGCGUUGUUAUAAAGACCUUUGCUAUACCGAAAGGAAUGUUCAGUCACAACCAAGACAAUUUGUAUAUGAGUCAAACACCCACCCGAUUAGUCCUCGGACUAGUCGCCUCUACAGCCUUUAAUGGUAGUUACACAAAAAACCCCUUCAAUUUUCAACAUUUUCACUUGACGUAUUUAAAUGUAAGCGUUGAUGGACGAUCGUUAUCGGGAAAACCACUGGUCAUGGACUUUGAUAGGAAUCAAGCCAUUAGAGCAUUUUUCAAUAGUAACCUCUCUCUGGGUAUGGUUGGAAAAGAUGCUGGGAAUGGAAUAGACUAUAAACACUUUAAGAACGGCUAUACCUUGUUUGCUUUUGAUUUAAGCCCCAGUCUUUUGGAUGGUGAACAAUUUGAAUUGGCUAAAUCUGGACCUGUUUCUAUUGAACUUAAAUUUUCACAAGUUACAACUGAACCGAUUCAAGUUAUUGCGUAUGCUGAACUAGAUUCGGUGUUAGAAAUUUCAAAAACGAGACAAGUGUUGACAGAUUACACCGCCUAA